AAAAAAAAAAACAAGAUAUCCUAUCAAGACUAUGAACAACCAAAUUUAGUAGAUUUUUCUCUUUUUUUAUUUUCAUUUUAAAAAGAUCUUUUCCAUUGGCCCAUGAUAAAGUAACACCUAUCUAAUCACAUUAAGCCAUUUGUCCACAAAGUAAUACAUAUAUAGUAGUUAUUAUUAUUAUUAAGAGCAUUCAUAUUGGAUACCAGUAGUGUCUAUUACCACUAAAAUAUGUCGUCUUACAAUUAAUUAACGAUAUUACUUAAAAGUUAUUUUAGUAGACUAUGUAGAACUCGAUACUUAAUUAGACCAAUAAUAAUAUUAACACAUACAAAAAUACUAAACACCACUUGUCUUAUAACAUUUCUUUAUUAACAAACAUUAUAAAACAAGACCAAAGUUUUAAGUAAAAGUGUUUAUAUAAACCGACUUCUCUUUCAUAUUCGCACGCGUGUGGAAUUUCUUGUCAAACCUUUUUUGUUUAUUUUUUUUUUUUUAUGUAUAUAAUGCUUCUCUACACAUAGUUGUUGUAGCUUCUUCUUUCUUCUUCUUCUUCAUAUUCAUAAACUCUUUUCUCUCUUUCUUUCUCUUAGACAUGGGAAAUUACUCAUGUACCCUUUACAAAAGAUUGGUUUACAAAGACAAAGUUAUAAGAGUUAUGAAGAUAGAUGGGAAAGUGUUAAGUUUCACAAAGCCAAUUCUAGUACAAGAUGUUCUUGUGAGAAUUAAUUAUGGUGUAACUAAUAAUAUUAGUUUAUCUAAAGAGAUUUUAUCAUCAAAGAAGCUUCCACUUGAUUAUGAGCUUAAAUUAGGUAAAGUUUAUUAUGUUAUUCCUUUUUCUUCUUCUAAAUCUAAUAAUGAAAAAAACCCUUGUGGGAUUUCUUCUUCUAUGGAAGGUAAUAAUAAUUUAGGUGGUGUUAAGAGAAUUAAGAUUGUUAUAACUAAGCAACAAUUGAAAGAGUUGUUAAAUAAGAAGAUAUCAAUGGAUGAUGUGGUAAUUUCUAGUUUGGAGAAUGACAAGUCUAAUUUCAAUGGUAAUUGGAAACCAAAGCUUGAAUCAAUCCCUGAAGAGUGAAGAGCUUUUUAUAAUUAUUGUAACAUGUGUUUUUGUUUUAGAUGAACAAACUCAAAAUAACUUUUGUUGUUUUUGAUGUAUAUGUAAUUUGUCUAUUAACAAAAUAAUGAUAUAUAACAUAGUUUUUUUUUUCAUGGUUUAUUAUUGUUGAUGAUGAUUAUACUUGAAAAUAUGUUGAAACAGAGGAAAAAAAACAGGGGAAAAAUAACUGAAAAUAUAGUUUGUUUU